CUCGGCCGUGGAGGCGCACCGGCGGGUGGGCAGUCGAGUCGCCCAGCGCGACGAGUGAGCUGGCUCGGUCGACUCGUGGGUCCCUGCCAAGAUGCCAGUGCCCCCCGUGCCCCCCAUGUCCCCCGAGCGGCCCGUCUCGCCGGGGCAGGUUGCGGAGCCGCCCGGCAAGAGCCUGUGGGAGCGGAUCUGCGAGGAGCAUGAAGCUGAGCAGCCUCCCUUUCCAGAGGGAUAUAAAGUCAAACCAGAAGCUGUGAUGACUGUUUCACCGUUGGAGGAAACGGUCUUCCAUGGCUUUAAUGCAGAGCACCUAUUUCCAGUGCCUCAUUUGACCGUGGCCUCACACAUACCCUGCCCUCAAGUGCAAGUGGAAAAAGUCGAUCCAAAAACAUGUUCCCCCAAAGAAUAUUUGGAAACAUUCAUCUUUCCAGUUCUGCUUCCCGGAAUGACUAGCCUGCUUCACCAAGCAAAGAAAGAAAAAUGUUUUGAGAGGAAAAGAACCAAGUUCAUUGCCUGUGAUUUUCUGAUCGAGUGGUUAUACAAUCAUAAUCCAAAGAGGAUAGGCGAGCUGUUCACAGAAUUCUUCUCCAUUCCAUUUGUGGAGCAGUGGCUGAAGGAUCACCCACGGCCAGCGAUGCCACUCUCCCUCCUGCUGACGGAGGAGGAAGCAGCCCUCAUCAUCCAGUCCUUCUGGAGAGCCUAUCUGGUUCGCUGUGAUCCUGAGAUUCAAGAAUUGCGUCAGUGGCAGAAGAAAUUGCAUGAGGACAAGCACAUUCGUCAGCGAGUCCAAGUUUUCUGGGCCAAACAAGAACAGAAAGUGAAAUGCAAGAUGGAGGAUGAGGAAGAGGCUGCAGCUAAGACCCCACCACCUUAACCUCUGUGGGUAUCCUUUCCCUUCUGAGCGCCAAUGACCCCACUGGAGGAACAUGUCCUAAUUAUGCUUCCUCCACUGUGAUUUCCUUAAGGACUUGAUUUGGUACAUGUGAAUACAGAACCUUUUCUGCACAAGAUAAGAUUUGUUGCAAAUGUGCUUUAGUGCCAAGAGUUUAUUAUAAGAAAGUACUAGUCUUAACUUUCUGCUUUAUCCCCAAACUUUAUUCUUUUCCUCCAUAUAUUUUUUCAGUGCCUCAGAGUGUUCUACACUAGCCACCAUUAAAAUGUACAACGAACUCCACUUCCAAGAGACGCUUAAAUGCUCUAGUUAUCAGUUUCCUUCUCUCGGCUGCCUUUACAAAGAUCUGUAUUUAAAUCUAAGCCCCAAACCUCUGCAGUGGGUUUUAAGCUUAUCUGGUGAACACUCUUUUCAUAAAAAAGACAUUAUUGCCUAUGACCAUUUCCAAAGGAGACCGGCCCUUAACUUUUAUUGCAAACCCAACAAGAUGAGACACUUAAGCCCAGACAACAAUAACAAAGGAUUUUUCUUGUCCAGGCCCCGAAGUUUUAUAGAAAGUUGCUCAUUUUAUGGGUAAGCUGACUUAUUACCCUCAUUUGUUCUGCGGUUUGCUAUUAACCAGGACCCUUCCAUUCAAAAUGCCACAGACUUAGCCUCCAGGCAGAUCCGAAGGCCUAGUCAUUGUACUGGGUGGUUCUGACAAGCUACCACACGUCUUAAGUAAAUAGUAAAGCCUUUAUUUUUGUGUUAAGAACAGCAUUUUGAAAAUAAAACCUAUCUGCCCAUGCUUUACAACCUUUUAAAUUUGUAAUAUUUAUAUACAGUCAUUUAUGGCACACAUUGAUUGUCUUGAAAUCUCCGUAAUGAUUUUUUUUUUAUAAGUAUGCAACAGUCAGCCAGGGGAGGAUAAAGGUACAUUAUAAAACACACAUUAAUACAUUUAAUAAAUAUAUAUUAUCUAUCAAAACCGAGCCUUAGCUCUUUAUCAAUUAAUAAAAAGCACCUGCUGAGAACUCCUGUAAGCUGGUAUAAUCAUUGCAUCAC